AUGAGCCCUAAUUUAAAAAGAAAAGCACCCGAAGAGGACGAAGAUAAGGCUUUGAAAAGAGCCGCCUCUAACGCGAGAGGAUCUGACAGUGAGGAGUCUGACGAUAACCUUCAAGAAAUUGUCGACGUUGAUUUCGACUUUUAUAAUCCUGAUGAAAUCGAUUUCCAAGCUUUGAAAAAAUUAUUAACGCAACUCUUUUCAACGGAUUCGGAUUUGAUAAACUUGGGCGACUUGGCUGAUAUAAUUAUUGAAGAAAACCAUAUUGGUACAACUGUCAAAGUGGACGAUCAGCAAUCAGAUCCUUAUGCUGUUUUGAGUGUCAUCAACUUGAAUCACCAGAAGCAGCUAUGCACGUAUCUGGCGAAUAAAUGCCCUAAGAAAGAUGAGAAAUUAUACACUGCUGUGAAAGAAAUGUUAUCAUUAGAGUCUACCGAUAAGCAUAUUGGAUGGAUUAUUUCUGAAAGGUUCAUCAACAUGCCUGUUGAAAUCAUGGCUCCUAUGUAUAAUAUGCUGACAGAAGAGCUGAAAAAUGUCGUUGCAAAGAAAGAACCCUAUGAUUUUGAAUGGUAUAUGUUCAUCUCAAAAACAUAUAAAGAAGUAGAAUCAACAUUAGAUGAGGAAGAGGAAGCAGAUAAUGAACCAUCAGUGGAUACUGAAACAUUUUAUUUCCAGUCAGAGGACGAAAUUAUUGCAAAAUAUGCUGAUUAUCAAUACGACUACAAAUUCACUAACAGUGAAAAGGAACAGGCAGCUGAUUCAAGGCGUGCAUUUUCAGAAUUCGGUAUUGCACCUGGCCGAAAACUUUUAUUUGUACACAAGUCAAAAUUUGAAGACUUGGUUAAUGAGAUCACAAAAACGUGUUCAUCAACUUCUGCUGCGUAG